AAUUUUCAUUCAACAUUAAAGUGAAACAUGGCGCAUUUACCUGUACUUUUUAUUCCCAUAUGCAUUCUGUUUUUAGGGGCGUGGCCGUAUUUAACUGCAGCUACCACUUUGGAGGAAUUGCAGCUGCAACUGAAUCAAUUAAGCAAAAACUAUAAAAUUCUGGAAGAAAAAGUUGCGAGACUGGAACUUGCCCAGCAUGUAGCGAAUCAAUCGGAAGGAAAAAUUUCAAUUUCUCGGACGUGCAGAGAGACCCGAGAUGCCGAUCCAUCGCUAAGCUCCGGAAUGUACUGGAUUGAUCCUGAUGGUCAGGGAGUGGGUGAUGAUCCGAUUUACGUCUUUUGCAACAUGACAACAGGAUCGACUGCUGUUCCGCAUGACAGCGAAUCACCAACGGAUGUGGGUCACUGUGCCGAUCCGGGAUGUUAUUCUAGGGCAGUCAACUACGUCGCCAGCAGCAGGCAAAUGCUAGCGUUGGCUGAGUUAUCUGCCCAAUGUUAUCAGUCGAUUAAAUACGAUUGCAACUAUGCCCCGUUGGAGUUGAACGAUGUUGCAUACGCGUGGUGGAAUGAUAAAUAUGAAAACCCGCAAUAUUAUUGGGCUGGCAGCAACAACAGCGUGCACACCUGCCAAUGUGGAAUCGAUGGUAACUGCGUCGAUCCUGCCGCAAAAUGCAACUGUGAUGCUGCGGCACCCGUGCAAUUAUCGGAUGACGGUGUCGUGACGAAUAAGGAAGUUCUUCCCAUCACAAAGCUGAACUUUGGUCGCACCCAGUUUGAAACUUCGUCUGGUGUUCACACGUUGGGCCCGUUUGAGUGUACCGGACAGGUAGUCGUCGAUAGAAUGCCAUCCUCUUGUGAAGAUCUAUGGAAAACCGGACACACGUUGAGCGGAUUGUAUUCAGUGGUAGGCGUUUCAAUGGUUGAGAGCGUGUACUGCGACUUUUCUAAGAUGCCAUACGAGUCAGGUUUCCAGAAUUGGAUCGGAUUCGUAGACAUCAAAUCUUCUCCCACUUACUUUUACGUUAGGAAACUAUAUAAUUACUUCGCUCAAUUAACUACUCCUAUUCCUUUUGAAACUGAAAUUGUGAAUGUGGGACGUGCCAUGAAUUUGACUACGGGUAUAUUUACUGCACCUCGAACGGGCAAAUACUUUUUCAGCGCGUCUGGGAACACGAAUUUUCCUGCGUCUUCGUAUACGCUUUUAUUUGACAUUACUCUAUAUAAAAACGGUUAUUCAGUAGGGAAAAUUAGAACUGAUUCAUACAGCUCUUCGCCGAAUUUAAAAACAUUUACUCUGCAAGCUAUUUUGGAUUUGCAAGUGGGAGAUAAAAUUUGGUUGGGCAUUUCAAUGUUGCCACAGGAAGCCUUCAUUUUUGGCUAUGAAUAUUCUCACUUUACCGGUUUCUUACUAGAAGAAUCAAUUUCCAAUUCAUUGAAUUCCCUCAACUGAUCGUUGUUAGUCAAAAAUUAAAAGUAGAAAAAUGUCGCAAAAUAGGAGCAAUCUUAAAAAUAUACGUGCCUUAGAACGAGA